AUGACGGCCAUUGACGCCGAAGUCAUCAUUUGCGGCGCAGGCAUUGGGGGCCUGACCCUGGCUGCAAUUUGCAGGCAGCUAGGCAUCUCUUACAAGGUUCUGGAGCGGACCGAGACGCUCCAGCCAGUCGGCGCCGGCAUCUCCCUUUCACCCAACGCCCUCAGGGUGCUCGACCAACUUGGCGUCUACGAAAAGGUGCUCGAGACUGCGCAGAAGCUGCGCAAGCUCCAGAUCUGGCGCAACAACACGCAGUGGAACACCGUCAGCCUUGACAACUUUGAGCCCACCUACGGCUAUCCCAUUGUCUCGGCCGAGCGACACAACUUUCAUAGGCUCCUCUACGCCGCUGCUGGCGAGGACGAGCAUGUCGUGCUCAACGCCAAGGUGACUGAUGUCAUUGAUGUCCCUGGCGAGCCUGUGCGAGUCGUCGUGGAGGGCGGUAACGAAUACCGCGGGCACGUGGUCGUGGGUGCCGACGGCAUCAGGUCGGCCGUCCGGCGCGCUCUUCUCCGGAAGAACGACUUGAACAAGGGAAACACCAUCCAGUUCACCGGUCGUGUGCACUUCUCCGGCAUUACAAGCCCGCUGGAGAAUUGCGGCCCGAGUGAGAUCGGCGUCGCCAACUGGAUGCUCUACGAUCAAGCCAUCCUCACCACGUGGCCGUGCCAGGAUAACCGGCAGUGGUACAUUGGCGUCAAGAAAGCGGAGGGAGAUGUUGACAAGAACCGAUCCGUGUGGGGCUCCAUCACGCCGGGAGACAUCAAAAAGGUCUACGGGCGAGCCUUCCAUCCGUUCGCGGAGGGCAAGCAGUUUGGGAGCAUUGUCGACAAAUCAGAGCGGGUGAUUGCCAGCAAUGUUUUCCAGGAAGUGGAAUUCCCAUCCAUGUACGAUGGGAGAGUCGCGCUUCUCGGCGAUGCUGCGCACAGCAUGACGAGCUUUUUCGGGCAGGGCGGCUGCCAGGCAAUCGAGGACGCUGCUGUCCUGGGCAACCUCUUGGCGGAGAACCGAAAGACUCUCGACAAGCCGCACGAGCUCCUCGCAACUUAUGCGAAGAUUCGGGAGCCGCGAACCAAGGACCUCGCCACGUUCAGCGACAGCUUUGCUAUGCUGCACACGGCAAGGUUGCCGUACGGCAUGGGCCCGUUCGUACGCUGGUUCCUGUAUACGCUGGUGCCGACGUGGUUCUGGAUCAGCUACCUAGGCUGGCUCUACCGGUACCAGCCCACCGUCACGGCAUUGGGUAACCCGCCCAGCCACGGAAAGAAGAGGCAGUGA